AUGGAUCCCUGUGCCCAAGAUGUCAUCCGAUGUGACCUUUGUGAGACAGCCAUAGUGCAGAUGUACUGCGAUUUCUGCCAUGUCAACCUGUGUAUUACCUGCAUAGGAAAGCAUGUUUCUGAUGACUAUGACAAGCAUAUUGUGGUCCCCAUCCAGAAUCGAAAAUCAACAUUAAUUUACCCGAGGUGCACAACACAUGAUAGGAAACGUUGUGAACUUCAGUGCAAAGAAUGUAACCUCUCUGUGUGUUCUGUGUGUGUAUUUGAUCAACAUCUGGGACAUACGUUUUCAAAUCUUUCUAAAGUCCACAAUGCAAGGAAAGCAGACAUUGGAAAGGAUGAAGAAGAGAUACAAAACAUUAUUUCUCCAAAAUAUGACGAAAUUGCCACUGACAUUAAAACUCAGAUAGCAAACUUGAAGGAAAACUAUAAGAAACUCACAACAGCCGUCACUACCUAUGGAGAAGAAUGGCACAAAGAAAUUGAUAAUGUCAUCAACAGAAUGAAAAAUGAACUUGAGGAGAUGGGGAUUGCACACCUGGAUAUUCUGAACAGACACUUGGAUGAGAUACAACAGUUACAGACUUUGAUUGAGCAAACAUUGCUCACCAUUAAAAGAAUUGAGAAAAGUAAUGAUAUAUCAGUAACUAUGGAGUACAGCUCCCAAAACAAAGAAUUCAGCAAGUUCCCUCCAAAAGUCCAAGUCACACUGCCCACAUUUAGUCCCAACACAGUAGUUAAUCCCAACACAACAGAUAGUGAACAGGUUUACAAGUUGUUAGGAUCUUUGAUACCAUUAUGCUAUACAACAGAAGAAAAUGGCUACACGCUGGAGAAGACGGAGACUUUGGCCAAAGAGCUGAUGGAGAAACCAGAACUUGUGAGUACUAUAGAUACUGGGUAUGAGAAACUCUCCAGCGUGGUCUGCCUUAGUGAAGAGGACAUCUGGACAAGUGCAAAAGUCAAUGCUGUUAUGAAAUGUUUCAACAUUCAAGGUUCACUUAUAAAGACAAUCGAAACAAAAUCGGGGGAAAGGCCAAGUGGUAUAACUGUGACAACAGAUGGGAGUUUAGUGUACUGUGACCGAGGAACAAACACUGUGAAUAAAGUGAAGAGUGGACAGACAGAGGAGGUGAUCAGACUACAGGGCUGGAUACCUCAACAUCUCUGUGUCACCUCCUCUGGUGAUCUCCUGGUUAUCAUGCUCAGAGAUGUUAGAAAUAGUGAUGAUGUCGCACAAUCCAAAAUUGUCCGUUACUCUGGCUCCACAGAGAAACAAACAAUUCAGUUUGAUGAUCAGGGUCAACCUCUCUAUUCAUCUGGUCCUUUGAAUAAAUACAUCAGUGAAAAUAGGAACCUUGAUAUCUGUGUGGCCGACUUGAGAGCUGGAGCUGUAGUGGUGGUCAAUCAGUCAGGAAAACUCCGAUUUCGAUACACUGGCCGUUUUUCUUUGAGAAAGAGAAUACCAUUGAUCCCACGAGGAAUAGCAACAAACAGUCAAAGCCAGAUUCUGACUUUAGACAGAGAUACCCUCUUUAUUCAUAUUCUAGACCAGAAUGGACAGUUCCUCCGCUAUAUAGAUAAUUGCAAUCUGAACAACCCCGUUGGUUUAUAUGUGGACAAAAGUGACAGUAUGUAUGUUGCAGAGAUGAAUGGAAGUGUCAAGAAAUUUAAAUAUCUACAGUAA